AUUCGUAUUAUAAUGUUGCUUGUGUUUCUUUCAACCCGUACGUGUCUUUGGAAACACCCUGAAGUCUCGUCCUCUGAUUUUGGAUUCUUGAACUGAGCCAAUCAGAUAUGGAUCUGUCCCGAUCAACCCGAGUAGAAUCCUCCACGGAGUUCCAUCAGCAUCGAGAGAAUAUGCUUAAUUACAUACGCUGGUCUCAGACGCCCAAAUACUGUACAAAGAAUAUGCCAAGUCAGGUGAGAGAGCGACGCCUCAUCACCUCUCAGCCAAGCCAACCAUGGAAUGACAAAUUCGCAAUACUCCCUCCCUAACCCAUCGCAGCAAGCAACAGAAUUCCUACACCCUCCGGUUCUGCUCUGUAUCUAUAUAUCAUUCCUUGUUCGGCUCGGGUGAGCUUGAGGUCGCGUUCAGAGAUCAAUGGAGUAUGCUUCAUCCACAAUGGAGUCCAUGUUCCUGCCAUUCCUCGCGAUGUUUGCGGCCAUCUACCUCCUCGGCUACUUGGUCGUGUUCCGUUGCUGGAGCCCGCAGCACCGGCCGGACGCCUCGAGCUGCUUCACGUCGCUCUUCCACGGCACGCCGGCGACGCUGCUCGCGCUGCGCGCUGUGCUGUCCAACCCGAGGGCCGGCGACCUCGCGGCGCCCAACACGGCCGCCGACGAGCUCGUCCUCGACUUCAGCACAGCCUACUUCGCCGUCGACCUGCUCCACUACCUCGUCUUCCUGCCUCACGAGGCCCUCUUCGUCGCGCACCACCUCGCGACGCUCUAUGUCUUCGCCACCUGCCGCGCCGCCGUCCGUCGUGGCGCCUACGGGAUACUCGCCCUGGAGGUGCUCGCGGAGGCCACCAGCCUAGCGCAGAACCUGUGGACGCUGGCCGGCAUGAGACGCGCUGACUCGCCGCUGGCCGCCAGGGCGCACGCCGCGCUGUCGCUCCCGUUCUACGUGGCUUACACGGCCAUGCGGGCGGUCCUCGGGCCGGUCUGGUUCGUGAGGAUGGUGAGAUUCUACGCCGCCGGGGCCGGCGAUGGUGCUGUGCCGACGUGGGCGUGGGCGUCGUGGACCGUGGUGAUUGGGUCCGGGAUACUGCUGAGCGUGUUGUGGGUGGGCAACCUGUGGUUCGCCUACUUCAGCCAUAGAAUGGGGAGCAGCAAGAAGGAACAAUGAUAUGCUCCUUAAUUGUACUCCCUCCGUAUCUAAAUAUAAGUCUUUUAAGAUAUUUCACUAGGUGUCUACGUAGGGAGUAAAAUAAAAGAUUCUAUAGUCUAAAGUAUGUCUAUAUACAUCCGUAUGUAGUUCAUUAAUUGAAUCUCUAGGAAGACUUAUAUUUAGGAACGGAGGGAGUAAUUGUUAGAGUAAAACAAGAUUGAACGAAAGUGAAUGGACGAUCAGUCAUGUUUCUAUUGAUUCUCAAGUAUAUAUACAUCUGGAAGAGGUGCGAAGAAGAGGUGUUUGUUCGGAGGCAUCCUUUCAGAACAGGUGCCUGUUGACAA